AUGCGCAUGGGCAAACGCACCGCCCGGAAGCGGCCAGCAACGGGCAGCGCCGAGGGCCAGAAAGGCCGGCGGGCAGCGGGGUGUGCCGUGCUGCGGGGCCGCGAUGGAGGACGAUGCGCCGGUGAUUUACGGGCUGGAGUUCCAGGUGGGCGCUGGGGCAGACUUACGGAGAGCUGGCAGGUGUUGGUCCUGUCGCCGGGAAGGCGGUGGCUGCGGGGGCGGGUGUGUGUGGAGGGGCAGGGGAGAGCCGGGGCGGGCUGUGGGGCCCGCUCGCGGGGAGACCGGCGUCCCCUCGCCCCCCUGGGCCGGUACCGGUGGCUUUUGGUGGUCCUUGGCACAUGGCCGCCGCGUUGGGCUUUUGAAAGGUGGCUGAGCACGGGGCAGGAGCUGGGUCCCUGCUCCAGCACUUGCUGUUCCCGGGGCAGGUGCGUCAGUGUGGGGGCAGGGGUUGUUUCCCUCAUGGUCGAGCGCAGCCUGGCUGGGGGGGCUCCUGCCCUGUCACCAGUCCCUAGUCCACCCCUGGAGAAGCCUUUGUCUUGCUCUGGGGUGAAUACCAUCCAGAGAUCUACCCCGGUGACAGGCACUGUGGUUACUCCAGCCCCAGCAACAGGCACUAUGCCUGAACCAGAGAAACAACCCAUGCUAGUAUCAGUUGCCCCUAUACACAAGAAGAAAUACAAAAGAAAAUCAGCUCAUUUAGUGAGGGAUAAAGAUGAACCAGGGCCAUCAGGAGAACAGGAGGAGGAAAAGGCAGAACCCAUAAAUGAGACAGUAACCACUCGAUCGCUAUCCCUGCGUGAACUGCAAGAUACGAGAAAAGAUUUCAGCCAUAGUCCAGAUGAGUAUCCUUUCUAUGUCUUGUCAGGAAGAUGUAUCUAUACCCUUGUCUUUGAUAAGGGUGGUGGUGGUCUUCACUAUGGGGCACGAGCUUUAACACCUCAGACAGCAGAAACAGAUGCAAUAAGAUUCUUGGUUGGAACACAGUCUCUUAGAUAUGAUAAUCAGAUUCACAUCAUAGAUUUUGAUGAUGAAAAUAACAUUAUAAACAAAAACGUUCUCCUUCAUCAAGUGGGUGAAAUUUGGCACAUUAGUACCAGUCCUGCAGAUAAAGGUGUACUAGCAACCUGCUACAAUAAAACUUCAGACAGUAAAGUCAUGACAUGUGCUGCUGUUUGGAGGAUGCCGAAGGAAUUGGAAUCAGGCAGUCAUGAAUCCCCUGAUGAUUCAUCAAGCAACACUCAAACCCUGGAGCUACUCUGUCACCUUGACAACACAGCCCAUGGCAAUAUGGCCUGUGUAAUGUGGGAACCAAUGGGAGACGGUAAAAAGAUUAUUUCACUGGCUGAUAAUAACAUAUUAUUGUGGGAUUUGCAGGAAAGUUCAGCCAAAGCUGUGCUCUCUAGUUCUGCAGCCUUGGAAGGAAAAGGACAAUUAAAAUUUACUUCUGGAAGAUGGAGUCCGCACCACAAUUGUACACAGAUUGCAACAGCCAACGAUACCACUGUUCGAGGAUGGGAUACACGAAGCAUGAGGCAGAUAUAUUGCAUAGAAAAUGCACAUGGACAGCUGGUACGAGACCUAGACUUUAAUCCCAAUAAACAGUACUACCUGGCUAGCUGUGGAGAUGACUGCAAGGUGAAAUUCUGGGACACGAGAAAUGUCACUGAACCAGUGAAGACACUAGAGGAGCAUUCCCACUGGGUCUGGAAUGUCAGAUACAAUCAUUCUCAUGAUCAGCUGAUCCUUACAGGAAGCAGUGAUAGCAGAGUUAUCCUGUCUAAUAUGGUAUCAAUUUCUUCUGAACCAUUUGGGCAUAUGGUAGAUGAUGAUGAACUAAGUGACCAAGAGGACCAGCAUCAAGAAGAGAAGAUUAAAGAGCCCCUUCAGGACAGUGUAAUAGCUACCUAUGAAGAACAUGAAGAUAGUGUAUAUGCAGUUGAAUGGUCCUCAGCAGACCCAUGGCUAUUUGCCUCUUUAAGUUAUGAUGGGAGACUUGUUAUUAACAGGGUUCCCAGAGCUCUUAAAUAUCACAUACUGUUAUAAUUUGUUUGGAUUAUGGUGGAGUUGUUAUCUUGAUGUGCACAAUUGGUAGGUAUUGUUUAGGAUUUUUUUCAGGAUCUAUUUUUAUUAAGUAUAAAUGUUAAAAUUUUGUUAAGAAUAUCUGUACUAAUGUAGGCACUUUUAAUUUGUCUUUUGUAUUUGCCUU